CGCCUCUCUCGUCGUCCUUUCGAGCGUGUUCUCGCGCAGGCCGGCAGCCGUUCGCGGCACCGCGACCCUCGAGCACUCCGUCGAGGACGCCGUCGAGGCCUCCGCCGAGGUCGGCGAACCGCCGCCACCCAUGGGCCCCGAACCGGGCGCCGGCCGCGGCCCCGACGACGCGAACCUCGGCGCCGAGGCCGAGCACGCCGAGACCCUCCUGUUGUUGUGGCCGGCGGCCGCUGCCAGGCCCGAACGCCGAGGAGGCGGUCUAGUUCCACUGUAGUGGUGCACGCCGCGACGCUCCCCGCCACCAUGCCGCCUCUCAGCUUGCUGGGGAUAUACCUCGCGCUGCUCUGCCUGUCAGUGCUGGCGCUCAAGGACAUGCACAUGCGCCUGCCCGUGGCCGCCCAGGCGGGCCAGGCCGUGGCGCUGUCCUGCCAGUACGACCUGGAGGGCUCGCAGCUCUACUCCAUCAAGUGGUACCGCGACGACGCCGAGUUCUACAGCUUCGUGCCCAAGGAGCAGCCCGCCACGCGGCUGUACCCGGACCAGGGCAUCGCCGUGGACCUCGCCCGGUCCGACUCCAACAACGUGACCCUGCUCAACGUGACCAGGUCCCAGGGCGGCUUCUACAAGUGCGAGGUGUCGGCGGACAUGCCGUACUUCCACACCGGCAUCAAGACGGAGUACCUCACCGUCUUCGAGCCCCCGAGCCGCAAGCCGGACUUGACGGUGGAGAAGCUGUCCGGCGGGGCGGUGCGUGCCAACUGCUCGUCGGGGCCGUCGUACCCGGCCGCCAACAUCACGUGGUUCAUCGACAACGUCGAGCACCGGCCGGGGCCGGCCGUGCACGUCCACGGCGGCGGGGACCAGGACGAGUGGAGCAGCAGCACGCUGCGGCUGGAGGCCAAGGCCGUGGCCAAGGCCGCCAGGUCGCUGCGCUGCGAGGCCAGCGUCUACAGUGUGUGGCGCAGGGCCUCGGACGACGCGCCCCUCCGCGCCGACCACCCGCAGCUCGCGCCGGUGCGGGGCGCCGCCAGCGACUGCGAACAGUGUCCUACUAAUGGCUGCAAAUCUAAUAAGGCUGCAUCUAUGACCAGUGGGAGUCCUAAUGACUAA